AUGAUCACCAGCACAGACACAGCCUUCCUCUACCGCUGCAUCGACCUGGCCAAAGAAGCCGUCGAAGCAGGCGACGACCCCUUCGGCUCCCUCCUCCUAGGCGCCAACGGCAAAAUCCUCAAAGAAGAACGCAACCGCAUCCACACCGAAUCAAACCUCAGCCUCCAUCCCGAAUUCACCCUCGCCCUCUGGGCCGAAAAGAAUCUCUCCCCGGCCGACCGCGCCGCCGCCACUGUCUACACCUCCGGCGAGCAUUGUCCCAUGUGUGCGGCUGCGCAUGCGUAUGCGGGGUUGGGACGGAUUGUGUAUGCGAGUUCGUCGAGGCAGUUGGCCGGGUGGAUGGAGGAGUUGGGGGUGGGGGAGGGCGUUGUUGCGACGUUGCCGGUUCAGCAGGUUGCGCCUGGUUUGGUGGUUGAUGGGCCGGCGAUCAAUUUGCGGGAGCCGAUUUUUGAGUUGCAUCGGUUGAGGAAGGAGAGGAGGGAUGGUGCUAAGGCGGAGGUGUAG